AUGGACUCCAUUUUUUGGAUCAUAUUCGGCCUUUGUGAGAUACCCAUUAUCCUUAUUGUCAUUGGGGCUUGCUGCUAUUUCCACCACAAUAAAGAGAACAACGAAAGCGACGUCGAAAUAGGUAGUGGUGCAAGCAGAUUAAGAGACGAGAAUAUGGUUGUUUUGGACGGUGGCAAUGGUGGUGCAGCGGCAGCGACAGUGGUUGAUAAUAACAAUAGUGGUGGAGGAGCAACUGGGACUUACCAGGGUUGCUGUUGCGGUGGUUGUGACGGUGGCAGUUGUUGUGGUGGUGGCGGUGAUGAUGGUGGAGGCUGUGGUGGUUGUGGAGAUUAA